AUGAGCCAGGCCAAUUCUCAAGAUGAGACCAGAUUUCCGUGGGAAAUCGGCGUGUUUGACGCCCAUUGCCACCCUACGGACACCAUGGCAUCCAUUGCUGACAUCCCCUCCAUGAAAGCAACGACGCUUACAGUCAUGUCCACACGGGCUGAUGAUCAGGACCUUGUUUUCCAAGCCGCAAGUAAUGUCGCCAAAGAUUCUGGCAAUGGGACAAUAGGGCGUAUCUUACCGUGUUUUGGCUGGCAUCCGUGGUUCUCGCACCAAAUCAUAGAUGACACGGCCGCCAAAUCAGGAAGGGAGGAAGAACCCUCCUCGGCAGCCGACAUAAAAAAGUCUCAUUAUAGUAAAGUGUUGAAGCCGCCACCAGGCGACGAGUUCAUUUCCACUCUUCCGGAACCUAAACCGCUCUCCGAACUCCUUUCAGAAACACGGUCCAGGUUGUUGAAAUUUCCCACCGGGCUUGUCGGGGAAAUCGGUCUUGAUCGUGCUUUCCGACUCCCACAAGCUUGGACUCAGGAGGAGAUCGAGACUCGAGAUGGGCGGAUGACGCCGGGUUCACGAGAGGGCCGACAGCUCUCUCCCCACCAGGUCAGGCCAGACCAUCAGAAGGCAGUUCUCGAGGCCCAACUGCGCCUGGCUGGGGAACUCCAGCGUCCAGUGUCUGUGCACAGUGUCCAGGCUCAUGGGGCAGUAUUUGAUGUCUUCAAGGGUUUGUGGUCGGGCCAUGAGCGGAAAGUUCCUUCAAGACGGGAACGAAAGCGUCGGAAUAGUCAUGCUGAGGCUCAUGCGGACAGCGACGCAGAAGAACAGAGCCUGCGGGAUAGUAACGCACGAAAACCAAACGGAGAACAGGAACACCUCCCGUUCCCACCGCGGAUAUGCAUGCAUUCGUACUCUGGCCCUGUGGAAGCUUUGAAACAGUUUCUGCACCUGUCUAACCCUUCAGAGGUUUAUUUCUCAUUCUCGAGCGUCAUCAAUUUCGGCCAUCAAUCCGAUAGGUCUGUCGCGGUGAUCAAGGCUUUGCCAGAUGACCGAGUGUUAGUUGAGAGUGAUUUACAUAUUGCUGGACAGGAGAUGGAUGAUAGGCUGGAAGACGUUACUCGACAAAUAUGUGAAAUACGUGGGUGGGCUUUGCGGCAAGGGGUUCAGCAGCUGGCGGAUAAUUGGAGACGUUUUGUGUUUGGUGAAUGAUGAUCCGCAAUCAAAUUCCUCAAUGAAUUGAGAAUUCAAGACAUUCCCCAGUUUCAACUGUGUUGUCUUGUUCCAUGGAAUUGGAUUUUGUUUUGUUUCUUGAAGAAUGUCUCGAUGAAUUGGGGUGGUACUGGAGUUGUACUGUGCAGAAUGCCGGGUAUCAAGUCCUGAUUAUAUGGAAACUUGCACUAACCCGCUGUGGAGCUGAUCGGCGACAUCAGAUAUAUUGUAUACCUGCACUGAUAACUAUAGCCUGGCCUUUUUUAUACAGCUAACUAUGAAUCUAGAUUACGACAAUCCAAUAGAUAGAAAGAUAAAAAUAAGAAUUGGUAAAGAAUCCGAUAUCC